AUGGUCAACCUGAUGUCUCUCCCGAUGGAGAUGCUGCUGGAGGUAUCCAGCCACCUCGACGAGUCCUCAAAGUCGCGUCUUUCACAGACGUGCAAAUACCUACACGAUACCGUUACCCCGGAGGUAUAUCGCGACCUCACAGUCAAUAUGUUCUAUCAUCCGAGCGCCGCGAAUGACGUGAAAUCUCUCAGUAUCACUCCUUCAAAGGAGAAAGGGGGGAGGCGGGCCGAGUCACCCCUUCAUGCCCUCGACGACUACGGCGGCUAUGUUAGGACCUUAACGGUCCGAACCUCCCGGAUGCCCAAAGAGUGGACUAAGACGCAGGCUCGAAAGAGUCGUGUCUCAAUGAGGUGGCUCAAGGAGGCCAUUCUCAAGUGUACGGGAUUGAGGACAAUCCGGUUAGAAUCCGGGUCCGGCGUCGACUCAGCAGAGUUGCCGGAGGCAAUAUACCAGCCAUACGAGAUGUUCUAUUCCUUCCUGGGAAUAGCGGAAACAGUCGCCCUCUCCCUCAACCACCUGGAAGAGAUGGUCAUUUCUGGCCUCUCCGACGUGGACUCGUUCAAGGAACACCUUAUCGCCGUGGGAGGUCCGUGUGACCUUACCCUAUCGGCGCUCAGUACGAUUCGCUUCAAAGUCCAGGAAAGAAACUUUGGAGAGCGAAUAUCCCGUUGGAGGCAGAUUUCAGAUGCCCUUAACGGGAUCGGGACAACCAUACAGGUUGGAAACAUCGAUCCGGCGUCACGAAGACGUCGAGAUGCACAUCCCGACCUACCCCAAUUAGACUGCUGGGAGCGAAUGGUCAAGCGUGUCAAUUGCACCAUGGAUGCAAUUUCACCCGACUUGACCUUGUGUUUCGAUACCGAGGACGUUCGUUCUCUCAACCUCUUGUCCUUGCCAACAGACAAGAGUUCGUAUCGGGAGGUCAUUCCCCGAACCACGAGAUUCCGAAAGCUGAAGCAGCUCUGGAUCGCCCAGUACCAGCCUGGAUCAGGCUCGCCCAUUCCGUGGGAGGAAACCUUCCCAGGGCUCUUCAAGUCCCUACCAAAUCUAGAGGGCAUCACAUAUCGCCAGUUCUUCCGCGACAGCGACAGAAGACACAAAAACGAAUGGAGGAUGGUUGAAACGAGGUACAAACCCGACCGUAUCGAGGGGACGGUGGCUCGGCACGGUUCGGUUAGGGAUGAAUUUUACAAUAUUUGA